AUGGCCGACGGGCACGGCUGGUGGAAGCUGACGUUCCUGCGGAAGCGCCAGGCAGCGCCCACGGUGCUGUACGAGAGCCCCGAGGGCCCCGCGGCGCCGGGCGGGGACAGCGCGGACGGGACCGGCCCCGAGGGCACCCCCGGCUUCGCCGCCCGCCUGGAGAAGAUCGUGGACAAGAGCACCAAGGGCAAGCACGUCAAGGUCUCGCACUCCGGGCGCUUCAAGGAGAAGAAGAAAGUGAGGGCGACGCUGGCCGAGCAUCCCAGCCUGUGCGGGGCCGGCGAGCGCGAGGAGCAGUGA